GAGGCGGAAGCGCCCGCGGGGCCCCAGCCGUCCGCGGUCCCGUCCCGCCCCUGCUCCGCCCGGUACUGCCCUCGUCCGCCGCGCGGGCCCCGGGGUUCAGCGUCGUGUGACUCCUGCCCCCGACCUCGAGGCCGAGCCCCGGGGUUCUGUCCGGGCCGCGGCCUCCGGGUGCUGUUGGGGUCAGCGGUCCCCGGAAGCCCGCUGGGAGGCCGGGAGGGGGUUGUCGGGAGUACUGGGGUCGGGCCUCCAGGAGGGCGUCGUUCCCGGAGUCGGGAUCCCGCGGAGGCGAGGCGUAGCGCCUGGCUCUGGGGCCCCGGGUGGGGCCGCGCCUGGGUCGGGCCCCGGGUGGGACUCGCUGCGGCCGGCUCGCCCUCCGUCCCAGGCCGCUGGCGCCAGGCGCCAUGGGGCCGCUGUGGGCCCUCGCCCUGGCCUCGGCCGUCGGCCUGGCCGCCGCUGGGCCGCCGAACAUCGUGCUGAUCUUCGCCGAUGACCUGGGCUACGGGGACCUGGGCUGCUACGGGCACCCCAGCUCCGCCACGCCCAACCUGGACCAGCUGGCCGCCGGGGGGCUGCGCUUCACCGACUUCUACGUGCCCACGUCCCUGUGCACGCCCUCCCGGGCCGCGCUCCUGACCGGGCGGCUGCCGGUGCGGAUGGGCCUGUACCCCGGCGUCCUGGAGCCCGGCUCCCGCGGGGGCCUGCCCCUGGAGGAGGUGACCCUGGCCGAGGUCCUGGCUGCCCGCGGCUACCUGACGGGGAUCGCCGGCAAGUGGCACCUUGGGGUGGGGCCCGACGGGGCCUUCCUGCCCCCCCACCAGGGCUUCCACCGGUUCCUGGGCAUCCCGUACUCGCACGACCAGGGCCCUUGCCAGAACCUGACCUGCUUUCCGCCGUCCACCCCCUGUGAUGGCAGCUGCGACCAGGGCCUGGUCCCCAUCCCGCUGCUGGCCAACCUGUCCGUGGAGGCUCAGCCCCCCUGGCUGCCUGGACUCGAGGCCCGCUACGUGGCUUUCGCCCGUGACCUCAUGGCUGAUGCCCAGCGCCAGGGCCGCCCGUUUUUCCUGUACUACGCCUCCCACCACACCCACUACCCCCAGUUCGGGGGGCAGAGCUUCUCCGGGCGCUCAGGCCGAGGGCCGUUCGGGGACUCCCUGAUGGAGCUGGAUGCAGCUGUGGGGGCCCUGAUGACAGCUGUGGGAGACCUGGGGCUGCUCGGAGAGACGCUGGUCAUUUUCACUGCAGACAACGGGCCCGAGACGAUGAGGAUGUCCCAUGGUGGCUGCUCUGGCCUUCUUCGUUGUGGAAAGGGAACCACCUUUGAUGGGGGUGUCCGCGAGCCUGCCUUGGCCUUCUGGCCAGGCCACAUUGCUCCUGGUGUGACCCAUGAGCUGGCCAGCUCCCUGGACCUGCUGCCCACGCUGGCGUCUCUGACCGGGGCCCCGCUGCCCAAUGUCACCUUGGAUGGUGUUGAUCUCAGCCCCCUGCUGCUGGGCACAGGCAGGAGCCCCCGGCAGUCUCUCUUCUUCUAUUCGGCCUACCCGGACGAGGUCCACGGGGUCUUUGCUGUGCGCAGUGGGAAGUACAAAGCUCACUUCUUCACCCAGGGCUCUCCCCACAGUGACACCACACCGGACCCUGCCUGCCACGCCUCCAGCCCUCUGACUGCCCAUGAGCCCCCGCUGCUCUUUGACUUGUCUGAGGACCCUGGUGAGAACUACAACCUCCUGGGAGGAAUGGCUGAGGUCGCCCCAGAGGCACUGCAGGCGCUGAAGCAACUUCAGCUGCUCAAGGCCCAGUUUGACGCCACCGUGACCUUCAGCCCCAGCCAGAUGGCCCGAGGCGAGGACCCUGCCCUGCAGAUCUGCUGUCAGCCUGGCUGUACCCCCCGGCCAUCCUGCUGCCACUGCCCUGAGCCCCAGGCCUGAGAGCACUGGCACGGGCCACCCAGGCCCUCGCCCCACCCAGUGGGUCACACAGUCACCUCAAGAAGGUUCCAGAGUGAUGACUGAAGAACCGGAGCGGGCACGCCAUCUGUGCAUCCAAAGACCGACUGCCCAGCAAGAACCACACCCACGCUAACACCCAUGCACAGCACCAGGCACAGGUGCUUCUCCAGGCCUGCUGCCCACCU